GCUUUCUCAAGAAAACCACGUGACUAGGAAGGUUUGAUAAGACUCCAUCAUCAGUACGCUGAAUCAGUGCUGUUGUAGUUUAGACGCGGUCAGAAACAACAUCACUAUGAGGAACAAUAUCUUCCCUUUUUGGGUUUUAUUACUCGUGAACGCUGUGUUUGGUGUUGAUGCAGAUGAAGUGUCAGUGUCAGUGAUGGUGGGAGAUUCUGUCACUCUACGUACUGAUGUUACUGAAAUACCGAAGGACAGUAAGAUAAUAUGGAAGUUCGGUAAUGAAAUCAUAGCUAAAAUGAAUGAAGCAGAUGGAGGAAAUCCCUCUACGAAUGAUGGCCCUGGUGCGAUAUUCAAAGACAGACUCAAGCUGGACAAACAGACUGGAUCUCUGACCAUCACAAACAUCAAAACUGAACAUGUUGGACAUUAUAGUGUAGACAUCAAGAGCACAGAUGCAAAAUUGAAGACAUUCCAAGUCACUGUCCGUGAUGAUGUGGAGUCUUUGUCAGUGAUGGAGGGAGAUACUGUCACUCUACAUACCAGUAUUACUAAUAUAAAAAGAGAUGAUCAGAUACUGUGGAAGCUUGAAGAUCAAGUCAUCCCUUUUGCUCACUUAAAUGGCCCUGAUGAUGCAAGAUGGAGAAACAUUCGUCUGAACGAUCAGACCCGUGACCUCGUCAUCAGCAACAUCCGAAGCGAUCAGUCUGGAGUUUAUAAAGUGGAGAUCAACACCAUCAGCAUGGUCUUGCACAGAAAAUUCCAUAUUGCUGUUGGUGGUGCGUUUAGUGUUGAGACAGAUGGAGUGAAGUCACUAUCAGUGAUUGAGGGACAGUCUGUCAUUCUACACACUCGCAUUACUGAUAUACCAGAAGAUGAUGUGAUCGAGUGGACGUUUGGACCUCAAAAGUCUUCUGUAGUAAAAACCGACAGAGUGAACAAAAUUCUAUUAUAUAAUGAAGAUGACACAAAAUUUACAGACAAACUGCAACUCAGUAUUAAAACUGGAGAUCUCACCAUCAAAAACAUAGGCACUGAAGCUUCUGGACUUUAUCAGCUAAAGAUAAUCAAACAUACAUAUACCAUAGAGAAGAGCUUCAGUGUCACUGUCAGUGAAACAUCAGGUGCUGCAUCAGGGAUAUGUAGUGCUGGUAUUGGUCUGGUGGUUUGGGCUCUAACUGUUUUUGUUUUUGCUGCAAGUAUAAACAAAGGUGUUUCAGUGAAUAUAAAGUGAAUCAAUCUCAGGAUCUGCAUGGACAAUGAGGAGAAUCAGUGGAAACCACAACAGUUAUAAUCACUAUAACAAUAUAAACAUGGGCUUUGCAUGCCUUACUGAUCAGUGUAAUUAAAAUUCAUCUUUAUUCUUUUUUCCAGUGUAAUGUGGAUUUUUUUUUAAGUAUGAUAUUUGUUUUAUUUUUAUUUUUUUGUUUUAAAUAUUUGUCAUAAAUCAGGCUUUUUUUUGCCUCAUGUUAGACUACUAGAACAAAGGGGAACAUUGUAAAAAUCAUA